AUGCAUAUAGAAGCUCCAGAAAAUUAUGUUCCAGAAGACAAAAACUUCGACGAUGAUGGACGAACCAAGAGAACAGGGACAUGGUUGACUGCAAGUGCACAUAUAAUAACAGCUGUGAUUGGUUCUGGAGUUCUAUCACUUGCAUGGGCAAUAGCACAGAUGGGUUGGGUGGCUGGACCUGCAGUUCUCUUUGCUUUUUCUUUCAUUACAUAUUUCACUUCAACUCUUCUUGCUGAUUGUUACCGAUCACCUGAUCCUGUUCAUGGCAAGAGGAACUACACUUAUUCUCAAGUUGUCAGAGCUAACUUAGGAGGCAUGAAAUAUAAGCUGUGUGGAUUGGCGCAGUAUGUAAACCUUAUAGGUGUGACCAUUGGCUACACAAUAACUGCAUCAAUUAGUAUGGUGGCUGUGCAAAGAUCAAACUGUUUUCACAAGCAUGGACAUCAAGACAAGUGUCAUGUAUCAAAUAACGGUUUCAUGAUAAUAUUUGCCUGCAUACAAAUUGUUCUAUGUCAGAUACCCAAUUUCCAUGAGCUCUCUUGGCUCUCAAUUGUUGCAGCUGUUAUGUCUUUUGCUUAUUCUUCCAUUGGCCUUGGCCUUUCCAUAGCCAAAGUUGCAGGUGGGGGGCAUGCGAGGACAACCUUAACUGGGGUGGAAAUUGGGAUAGAUGUUACUGCAACAGAAAAGGUUUGGAGGAUGUUCCAAGCUAUUGGUGACAUUGCCUUUGCUUAUGCUUUUUCUAAUGUGCUAAUUGAAAUCCAGGAUACCUUGAAAUCAAGCCCUCCAGAAAACAGAGUGAUGAAGAGAGCAAGCUUAAUUGGAAUUCUAACAACAACAUUAUUCUAUGUCCUCUGCGGAACCUUAGGUUACGCCGCAUUUGGAAACGAUGCACCAGGAAAUUUCCUCACAGGUUUCGGCUUCUACGAGCCCUUCUGGCUAAUAGACAUUGCCAAUGUUUGCAUAGCAAUUCACUUAAUUGGAGCAUACCAAGUCUUUGUCCAACCCAUAUUCGGGUUUGUCGAGGGCCAAAGCAAAGAUAAAUGGCCAGAAAGCAAAUUUGUGAAUGGAGAACAUGCCAUGAACAUUCCAUUCUAUGGAAGCUACAAUGUGAAUUUCUUCAGAGUAUUAUGGAGGACUGGAUAUGUGAUCAUCACCGCAAUCGUAGCAAUGUUAUUUCCAUUCUUCAAUGAUUUCUUGGGACUAAUUGGUUCACUAUCCUUUUAUCCAUUAACUGUUUACUUCCCAAUAGAAAUGUACAUCAAGAAAACCAAGAUGCAAAGGUUUUCAUUCACAUGGACUUGGCUCAAGAUAUUGAGUUGGGCUUGUUUGAUCAUUUCUAUCAUCUCAGCUGCUGGAUCAAUUCAAGGACUUGCUCAAUCUCUCAAGACAUAUAAACCUUUCAGAGGAGAACAAUGA